UAUCAGAUUAUGGCAAUUUUGAUUUUGUUUUACCUCGCUGUCCAUUGUUUCUUUCAAAUGGCUGUUAAAAGCCAAUUAUAUGAAGAUUUGCUGUAUGGCUAUAAUCGAGUUCCAAGACCAGUUAAAAAUAGCAGUGAUGCUUUAAUAGUACACGUUGGAGCAUCAUUGAUCAGAAUAAUUGACAUUGUAAAAUUCUUUAAUUAUUUUAUCUUAAAGCAAUGGUACGAUGCGAAGUUAACAUGGAAUCCUUCAAAAUAUGGUGGAAUUAAGACUUUACAUAUUCCAAGUGAUCUGAUUUGGAUACCUGAUUUCGUGCUUUAUAAUAACGCUGUUGGAGAUCCAGAUAUAACUAUAAUGACAGAUGCGUUAGUAGCUUAUGACGGUCGAAUAUACUGGCGUCCACCAGCUAUCUAUAAAUCAUUUUGUCCAAUCGAUGUAACUUGGUUUCCCUAUGAUUUACAAAGCUGCGAAAUGAAAUUCGGCACAUGGUCAUAUACAGGCUCCGAUGUCGAUCUCAAGCAGCUACCAAAAGAAGUCAUUAAUGGAACAGACAAACAUGGUCAAAAUGUAGAAAUCAUGGAAAAAGGAAUGGAUUUAAGCUUUUUUUAUCAAUCGGCGGAAUGGGAUUUAUUGUCUCUAUCGUCGGCACGACAUUCAGUUCUUUAUACAACUUGCUGUGGCCCAGAAAAAUACGUUGACAUCACAUAUUAUUUCGUUCUGCGCCGUAAAACACUUUUUUUUACGUGUAAUUUAAUAAUACCAUGUUUUCUAAUUUCGCUACUUACAACGACCGUCUUCUACCUAUCCGAUCAUAAAAUUACUUUUUCUAUAUCGAUUCUUGUUACGCUUACUGUAUUUUUUCUGGUUUUAAUUGAUAUAAUACCUCCAACAUCAUUGGUUAUUCCAAUGUUCGGUCGUUACUUGAUUACAACAAUGAUUCUCGUCUCGUUAUCAACAAUUGUUUCUGUUAUCACUCUCAAUUUGCGUUUCCGUAGUGGACCAGAAAGUCAUAUGCCACAGUGGAUUCGAAGCAUUUUCCUUAAUUUUCUUCCAAAAGUUUUAUUUAUGUCUCGUCCGAAAUCUAAGAAUAACGGCGAUCAUCUAAAGCCCAAUCAUCUCGUUGAUCCGAUCGCUUUGAUUGAAAAAAAGCGAUGGUCGGCUCGUCUCUCAAACGGUAAACGUUUUAUGUUAUCUUAUCAGUUUUUGCAGUUUUCGAUAGAAAUUUACGCCCAUUUAUUUAAACGAGCUUUUAAGUCAUUUCAGUUCAAUCUUCGGAUGAGGAAACUGAUAAUAAUUGUUGAAUGGCGAUUUGUUGCAAUGGUAUUGGAUCGAUUAUUUUUGAUUAUUUUUUCGAUACUUAAUAUUGGAGCAUUUCUGAUAAUUUUGGAAGCGCCGUCACUGCAUGACACUCGCAAACCUAUGAAUAUAACAUCUGCAACUAAACCUUUGGGUCAAGCAAGUUUCAUUCAAUGA